CUCUCUCUCUCUCUCUCUCUCGGCAGGCAAGAGCAGAGCAGAAUUUUCCUUUUCUGCCUCCUUUCUUCGUAUCUCUGACAAGACUCUUUCUCCUGCGUGCUGCAGCUUCAUUUUCUCUCUCAAAAUCGCCAUGGCAGAAGCGGGAGAGUUUCAGGAUUGGGAAAUGCUCCAAAAAACCGACAUGGGUCUCGUUCAAACGCCCUAUUUGUCUCAGAAUUCCAGGGAUUUUGAAGGAGUUGAGGGGGAUUCCGAAGGUGCGAUCAGGUCGGAUUACUUCACUCUCGAGAAUUCAUACGCUAAGGAGGCCCCUGAGGGAGAUCGAGAAGGGAGUUCUGUCGAAUCGGAUAAUCCAAGUUGGGUUGAUCCUGCAUCAGAGCCUCGGUACGCAGGUGGUGCGAAAUCGGAAGUGGGUUUUGGGGGAAUCGAGCUGUCAUGCAGGAAUUCGGGUGAAUUUUGGUCGGAUUCGGGCAGCGACAGUUCAGUUGGUCGGAAAUUCGGGGAUUUUGAUGGAAAAGGCGAGCUGGAUUGUGGAGAUGAUGGGAGAAGAGAAGUAGAUUUCGAAGGGAUUGGGGCUGCAAGGAAGAACUCAGGUGAUUUUUGGUCAGAUACUCUGAAAUUCAAGGACUUCUUGGGAAAAGGGGAAAUGAGUUUUGAGGGAAUUGGAAUCAAGCGUACUAAUUCCAGUGAAUUUUGGUCUGAUUCGAGCGGUGAUGACAAAUUCAGGGGCACGGAUGAAGAAAUUGAAUUAGGUUCUGGUGAUUUUCUCAAGAUGGGAGAUGGGUCGGAGUCUGGUGGGGUUGCGGAGGUUGAGGAAGGAGAGAGGUUGGAUUCUGAUGGGUUUGUUGAAGGAGAGGGAGGUGGAGAAACAGAUAAUCUUGUUACAAGCCACGUGAAAUCGGUUGAGGCGGAGAAGAAGAAGGUGGUUUGGUGGAAGCUGCCUUUGGAGCUUCUGAAGUUCUGUGCUUUCCGGAUUAGCCCUGUUUGGUCAUUCUCCAUCGCCGCAGCUGUGAUGGGCUUUGUUAUUCUGGGACGGAGAUUGUACAGGAUGAAGCGUAAGAGCCGGAGCAUUCCACUUAAGGUUAGCCUCGACGAUAAGAAGGUGACCCACUUCAUGACUCGUGCUGCGCGUCUCAAUGAAGCAUUUUCAAUGGUGAAGCGAGCGCCCAUUGUCAGAGCAUCACUGCCGCCGGUUGGGGGAGUGACCCCAUGGCCUGUAAUGGGUUUAAGAUGAGACGUUACGGCACUCACAAAAAACAGAUGCGUGAUGGCAAGGUCAGUCAAGAACAUCUCUCACACACUUUCCUUAUGUAUGUAUGUAUGUAUGUAUAUGGUAUCUGCUUUCAGUGCACGACAGCUUUCCUUCAUGUAGGUACAUGUUGUGCUAAAUAACAUGUGUUCUUCAA